GUUAAAGUGAGAGAGAGUCAGUUGGAUUAUGGCUCCGAGGAGGAUGGAAACCAAACCGGUGAUCUUCUGUGUGAAGUCGCUGCUGCUGCUCUACUCCUUCAUCUUCUGGGUGACAGGUGUGGUCCUGCUGGCGGUGGGCUUAUGGUGGAAGUUCAUGUUGGGUCCGUACAUGCUGCUGAUCUCCAGCGGCCCGUCCAACGGUCCGUACGUCCUCACCGGCACCGGAGCCUUCAUCGUGGUGUUCGGCCUGUUCGGCUGCGUGGCCACCUGCAGGGGGCGCCCCUGGAUGCUCAAACUGUACGCUGUGUUCCUGUCUCUCGUCUUCAUGACUGAACUCAUCGCUGGGAUCUCUGGAUUCAUCUUCCGCCACGAGAUUAAAGGAACCUUCCUCACGACGUACGGCGACGCAGUGAUGAGAUACGACGGGAUGGACGACAGGAGUCUGGCUGUUGAUGGCGUCCAGAGAAGACUGCAUUGCUGUGGUGUUUAUAACUACACCAGCUGGAUCAGCACUGUGUAUUUCCCCGUCAGCGGGAUUCCCGCCAGCUGCUGCGUCAGUUUCUCCGACUGCAGCGUCGCCGACAUGAAGAACGCGACGGUGGCGGCAAAUAAAGUCUACAAACAGGGUUGUUAUGAGUUGGUGACGUCCUUCAUUGAGGGAAACAUGGGAAUCAUCGCUGGAGUUACAUUCGGCAUCGCCUUCUCUCAGUUGAUAGGAAUGUCUCUGGCCUGCUGCCUGUCUCGCUUCAUCAACGCCAACCAGUAUGAGAUGGUCUAA